GGUAGAAUCAUAGUGCAUAUGGCCAGUUGAGUCAGAGCAGCCAAGUGGUAAAGUUCGUUGUGGUUCCGGCCAGAGAACGGAAGGAUAGCCCUCUUUUAAGCCAUGUUUCCCCAAGCCGAGCUCGAGAAUUACAAGCUGCAGGUGGAGCUGCUGCAGGAGAAACUCCAGCGCAGCGAGGAUAAUCGCCAGCAGCUGGAGCACAAGUUGGAUAAAGUCCUGCAGAAGCGCAGCGAGCUCGACAAGUCGGUGCGCCACAAGAGCCGCCAAAAGUACCAGGAGUUCCUCGAGGAGCAAGCCAAACGCAACGAGCGCAACAAGAAGCUGGUUCACAUGCUGGAGCGCAUCGAUGAGCAAACGGCAGCCAUGUCGCAGAGGAGCGAGCGGCUUAAAAUGAUGAAGCUGCAAUACCAAAUGUACUUUGCGAAAUUGGUCCAGAAUCAAACAUAUCGAUGCAUCCAGCAGACGACGACGACAGCGGCGACGGCCCCCACCGGCGGCGGAGUGAUUCCGGUGCUGGUGCAACCGCAGCCGCAGGUGACGACCAAUCCGCAGUCAACGCCACAGAACUGGACCUUUGCCAUGGCCACGCCCACGCAGGCGGGCAUGCUGCUGACGCCUCAGUUUGCCACAGCAGGUCCUGCAGGUCCGCCCGUAAAUCCCACACCCAUUCCAACCGGCCAUCCUGUUUACUAUCCGGAACUCUUUGGCGGAACUGCUGCUCCCCUUAGCACCUCGAACCUGUUCGAUUUGCGCGCCACCCUGCGCGCCUUUGAUAAUGAGAAUGCCGAUUUACCGGAGCGCAUGCAGCCCCACUUGACAGGUGAUUAUCAGGCGGAGCUGGGUAGUAGAAACUAUCCUCCUGCAGCAGCUGCAGGUCCUGCAACACCCACAUCGACUUUAUCCAGCCAGGAGAAGGCUGCGCGGCAACUGAGCAGCACUUCCUCAACUCUGGCCACAUCCUCGUUGACGUUUGAUAAAUUGCCAAAGACGUCGUCGCCUUCGCUGACGUUAACUGAACUGCCGACUGCAGGAGGAGAAGCGGGACGAGCAGCAGGAACAACUUCUGGCCAGGAUGUGGGCGGGCAACCGCAAGGGGAAGUUGGCGACCUGGAUGCCUGGACAAAUUCACGCGUGACUAAAGUCGAGUAUGAAAAAUCACCAACUGUCGUUGGGCAUAAUGAGCCGGGCCAGCGACAUCAGCAACAUCAGCCAGAACAUAAGCAGAUACGCCAGCAGCAGCAAUAUCAAGAGGUACAGCAGCAACAUCGAGAGGUACAGCAGCCACAUCAGCCAUCGCACGACUUUGAAGCAUACUUCGGUGAGCUGAAAAUCGAUGAGUCGUCAGGAUGGCAGGAUGGCAAACUCAAACUCAUACACACACCCAAUCCCCACGAAGACAAACGCCCUUUAAACGUGCGUUCCAGCGAGGCUGGAUCAGCGGUUAGUGGCAAAGUUGGCAUCAGCAACGAUUUGCUGGACGAAGUCAAAGCCAGCCGGGCGGCACUCGAAAGAGCAGCGGCUGCGGUUGAUGAGCAGCUGGCAAGGGGUAAUCAAUUGUCGCCGCCAAGCAGCCAGGACCCCAAAACCGGUGUGUCGAUUGAGAAUAUUGAAAAUGCCAUUUACGGCGAACGUUUGACAGGAGCUGGGGCAGGACCUGGAGCAGGAGCAGGAGUGACUGCGACAGCAGGUGAGGCAAUGGCGGCGGCAGCGGUCACACCCACGCAGGGAUUUUUCGAAAAUUUGGUAACCAACACAUCGCCAGAGGAACUUCAGGAAGUGGAACAGCAACAUCAACAUCAAAAGCAGCAGCAGCAGCAACAGCAGGUGGAGCCAGAGGUGUCCGGUUACGGGCAAUACGAUGCCAGCAGCUAUGGCGAUGCCAGUGAGCCCAUCUAUGCCAGCAUCGAUUCCGCCAACCUGCAGCCAAACGCAAAAGUGGAGCCGCUUUACAGCGAAAUCGGAAAUCCCACAGACUAUCAGCCGUAUGCAACAACAACUACGGAUGCGGGAGCAGUUGUUGCAGAUGUACCUGCUGCUGCCGCUGCUGCUGGUGCUGCUGUCCCACCCGAAGUUGCAGCAACUACAGGAGAUGCCAAUGGUGAGGUCCUGCCGCAGGAGUACUCCAAUAUUGAUUACGGCAACUACGAGGCUGGGCAAUAUGGGACCGGCUAUGAUCCCAACGCCUAUCCGGGCUAUAUAUACGAUGAGGCAACUGGCCAGUAUAUAGCCGAUCCCAAUGCCGCUCAAUAUGCGCCAGAUGGUAGCUAUGCAGGUCAGGAGUACGAUGCCAGUGCGGUGCAAAAUUAUGACUACAGUGCCUACGAACAGCAACCGGAUCAGCAGCAGCAGCAACAGGAGGAGCCACUGCCAGGACAAGAGCAACUGAUGCAGCAGCAGCAGGAAGCGUAUCCAGUAAGCGAACGGGAGGCAGAAGGGGUACAGGAAGUGGAAGAAAGUCCGGCUGUAGUAACCAGUGCUCCGCCGGAACAGCCAGCCACCAAUAAACCCCUCAAACCCACAUCGAUACUUUCGACGACAGACAAACAAGCGGCGCCUAAUGAUGCGCAGCAGCAGCAGCUGAAGAAGAAGAAGCGCGUUAAUUUCGUUGACAGCAGCGAAACGGAUGAUAGCUCAAGCGCGAAACCGACCCCGGCCGCAAAUCAAGGACCUUCUCCUGUAGCCGUCACCUCUCCAGCCACACCCCCAAUGGGAGCCGGCAGCGAGAGUGACUUCGAUUUUUCAACCGGCAGCGAGGCGAAGAAUUAGAACAAAUGCUGAAAACAUUUCGAGCUCUAAUUUGUUGCCAUUUGGGUUAACCAACCACCCAAUAAACCCCCCCAAUUCAAUGUGAACGACCGCUUCGAUUUAUUGCCAAUGCAUUCGGUGGGAAAAAAAUUCAGGAAAAAUCCAGGAAACACAGAGGAAAAUGGAAAAUGAAAGGAGAAGCGACAAAUAGUUGGAAAGUUCUUUUCUGGGGCAAAAUGGCUAACCUCAAACCACAAAAAAAGUUGUUGCUUACUUCGGCGACGACAAACUAAUAAUACUCGUCUAAUUCAAUAUUCUUAGUUGCAAGUCAAAUAAAGCCAAUAAACUAAUAAAUGUUGUUAAAUUGCUU